AUCCAUCACCCAUCUGUCAAAUUGGAUUCAUGCAAACUGUCAACAGCGAGUUGAAUCCCCUGCAGAAGAAGAUCUUCUUAUUCCACCGCCUGUCCAGCUUUGAUGCAAAUGGGGCGAAGUACUAUGAUCGUAUAACUGGAGCUUGAUAGUGGGGACUACUGUGAACUUCAGGCUCCCAAUAUAGGAUCACAAUCUGCUGAAUGAAUAUGAAAAAAUAAAGAAAGUUGUUACCUAAAGACAGGCAAACGCUGCGGUUUCAUUCAUUUGGUUUGAUUUAAUUUCCCUUCUUACAGCCCUGUCCUCACUACCUCCCAACCUUGACCUCCUCUGCUGUGCGGUAAAAACAGCGGGGACUCAUCCCUCUCCGCAGGCCUGGGGCCCUCCCAUCGGUGGCCCACUCUGGCCAUUUGUUGGCAUCUGAUGGCGCGGUGGGGUGCUAAGGGCUGCUGUGGGAGACUGUGAUGUCAGAGCCCAACAGCCCGGGUGAGAGCCAGCGUGGCGCUCCCAGAUUCUUCGUGGGCUGCGAGGACGAUGAGAGCGAGGUGCAGGAGGAUAGCAUGAGGACAGACAUGGAGCCAUAUGAGGACGACGAAGACACAGAUUCGCCCCCAGAGCGACAGAUCGUGGUGGGGAUCUGUUGCAUGAUGAAGAAGUCCAAGUCCAAGCCAAUGACCCAGAUUCUGGAGAGGCUGUGUAGGUUUGAGUACAUCACUGUAGUCAUCUUUCCUGAGGAUGUCAUCCUCAACGAGCCAGUGGACAAAUGGCCUCUCUGUGACUGCCUCAUCUCCUUCCACUCCAAAGGAUUCCCUCUGGAUAAGGCAGUGAGCUAUGCCAAACUGAGAAACCCUCUACACAUCAAUGACCUGAACAUGCAGUACUACAUUCAGGACAGAAGAGAAGUGUACCGUAUCCUGCAGGAGGAGGGGAUUGAACUGCCUCGCUAUGCUGUGUUGAACCGUGACCCAGAUAAACCAGAUGAGUGUAACCUGGUUGAAGGAGAGGACCAUGUGGAGGUGAAUGGGGAGAUCUUCCAGAAACCUUUUGUGGAGAAGCCUGUUUGUGCUGAAGACCACAAUGUGUACAUCUAUUACCCAACAUCUGCAGGUGGUGGCAGCCAGAGACUCUUCAGAAAGAUCGGGAGCCGGAGCAGUGUAUACUCUCCAGAGAGCAGUGUGAGGAAGACGGGCUCCUACAUCUAUGAAGAGUUCAUGCCAACUGAUGGCACUGAUGUCAAGGUCUACACCGUUGGGCCGGACUAUGCUCAUGCUGAGGCCCGGAAGUCUCCUGCUCUGGACGGGAAGGUGGAGAGAGACAGCGAGGGAAAGGAGGUCCGUUACCCUGUCAUGCUCUCUGCCAUGGAGAAACUGGUGGCCAGAAAAGUCUGCUUGGCAUUCAAGCAAACUGUGUGUGGCUUCGACCUUCUCCGAGCUAACGGACACUCCUACGUUUGUGACGUAAACGGUUUCAGCUUCGUCAAGAACUCGAUGAAAUACUACGACGACUGUGCCAAGAUCCUUGGAAACAUUGUGAUGCGAGAGCUGGCCCCGCAGUUUCAGAUUCCUUGGUCAAUUCCAACCGAGGCAGAGGACAUUCCGAUUGUUCCCACCACUUCAGGGACCAUGAUGGAGCUACGCUGUGUCAUCGCUGUCAUCCGUCAUGGAGACAGAACUCCCAAACAGAAGAUGAAGAUGGAAGUCCGCAACCCCAUGUUCUUUGAUCUGUUUGAAAAAUACGAAGGAUACAAAACAGGGAAGUUAAAACUCAAAAAGCCUAAACAGCUGCAGGAGGUGCUGGACAUCACCCGAAUGCUGUUGAUAGAACUGGGUCAGCACAAUGACUGUGAGAUUGAAGAGAAGAAGUGCAAACUAGAGCAGCUGAAGACGGUUUUAGAAAUGUAUGGUCACUUUUCUGGGAUCAACAGAAAGGUUCAGUUGACCUACCUGCCCCAUGGGCAGCCGAAGACAUCAAGUGAAGAGGAAGAUACGCGUAAGGAAGGUCCAUCUCUGCUGCUGGUGCUGAAGUGGGGAGGGGAGCUGACUCCUGCUGGCAGAGUGCAAGCUGAGGAGCUUGGGAGAGCCUUUCGCUGCAUGUACCCUGGGGGACAAGGAGACUACGCUGGAUUUCCAGGGUGUGGGUUACUACGGUUACAUAGCACUUACAGACAUGACCUGAAGAUCUACGCAUCAGAUGAAGGCAGAGUGCAGAUGACGGCUGCCGCUUUUGCAAAGGGCUUGCUUGCUCUGGAAGGAGAGCUGACCCCUAUCCUGGUUCAGAUGGUCAAGAGCGCCAAUAUGAACGGUCUGCUGGACAGCGACAGCGACUCGCUGAGCAGCUGCCAGCACCGCGUCAAAGCCCGGCUCCACGAAAUCAUGCAGAGGGACAGAGAGUUCAACGAGGAAGACUACGAUCGGCUGGCCCCAACCUGUGGUGCUUCAUUGGUUAAUUCCAUGAAAAUAGUGAAGAACCCGGUGGCCAUAUGUGACCAGGUCUACGCCCUCAUUCAGAGUUUGACAUCACAGAUUCGGACAAGAAUGGAGGACCCAAAAUCUGCUGAUCUGCAGCUGUACCACAGUGAGUCUCUGGAGCUGAUGCUGCAGCGCUGGUCCAAGCUGGAGAAAGAUUUCCGCAUGAAGAACGGGCGCUAUGAUAUCAGUAAAAUCCCUGACAUUUACGACUGCGUGAAGUAUGAUGUCAUACACAACGCUUCACUGGGCCUUCAGGACACACAGGAGCUGUUCAGGCUGUCUCGAGCUUUGGCCGACAUUGUUAUUCCCCAGGAAUACGGCAUAACUAAGGCUGAGAAAUUGGACAUAGCCUAUGCUUACUGCCUCCCAUUGGUCAGAAAGAUCCAGCUUGACCUUCAGAGGACUCAUGGAGACGAGUUUGUCAACAAACUACAUCCUCUUUAUUCUCGUGGAGUACUAUCGCCUGGUCGUCACGUCAGGACUCGGUUAUAUUUCACCAGCGAGAGCCAUGUUCACUCCCUGCUCAGCAUUUUUCGAUAUGGAGGUCUCCUUGAUGAGGAGAAGGACCAGCAGUGGAAACGUGCCAUGGAUUACCUCAGUGCCGUUUCUGAACUCAACUACAUGACGCAGAUUGUCAUUAUGCUUUAUGAGGACAACAACAAGGACAUUUCCUCUGAGGAGCGGUUCCACGUGGAGCUCCACUUUAGCCCCGGUGUUAAAGGAGUCGAAGAAGAAGAGCAUGCUCCGACCGGAUUUGGCUUCAGACCCGCUUCAGCAGAGGUGCUGGAACCGAACGGGAAGAAAAAGCCAGAUCCUGGCAGUCUGGAGGACCUAUCACGAGAUGAAACAGACCGUGCGGUGCCCAGUUCUGAGCCCAUCAUCAUUCAGAGGAAGUCCCCACUCAUUCGCAAUCACAAGACUGGAUCAAUGGAGGUCCUCUCAGAAACAUCGUCUUCUAAAGUUGGCAGUUAUCGUCUCUUCUCCUUUUGCCCACGUCAGUCACCUGAAAUGAAACAGAGCGGCUUAGGCUCUCAGUGUGCCGGACUCUUCAGCACCACCGUCCUAGGUGGCUCCUCUAGUGCACCUAACCUGCAGGACUACGCACGUGCACACCGCAAAAAAUUCUCCACCGGCAGUCUGUCCUACAAAGAUGAGUUGUUGUCUAUGCCGGCAGUAAAACGAUUUUCUGUGUCGUUUGCAAAGCAUCCGACUAAUGGGACACAGGAUGACUCGUCCACCAUUGCAUCGUCUUCGUCUCGCUUGUGCACUUCGUCAGAGCCCUUGGAGGAACACCAUGUGGCCCAGUUGUUGAGGUUUUUAUCCACCGACCUCAGCUCAGGCCGCCGCCUGCUCCCUCUGGACCACACGCUGGCCCACCACCUCCACCAGUGCUCCUACCACCUCCGCCUCUUCCGAAACUGGCUCGUCUCCGGCCAGGACCCCCUAGAGUGCCUCCACGGUUUUGAAGGCUGCUCUAUGGUGCCCUCCAUCUAUCCUCUGGAAACGCUGCACAACUCGCUGUCUCUCAAACAGGUUAACGAGUUCCUCACCAGCGUUUGCGAGAGCGCCGGGGAUCCACACACCAGAACCUCCAGAGCUCUGUCAGCCAUGUUGGGUGCACACAAUCAGCCAUCAGUGGACUCUUACAUUCCUCAGAGGGUCCUCUCUUCCUCCAUGUCCCUCCGAUCUCGCUCUGACAGACCUCCUUGGUACAGCAGCGGUCCAUCCAGCACGGUUUCCAGCGCUGGACCAUCCUCCCCCACCACAGCUGAUACUUCACCACGGUUCAGCUUUAGCGAAAAGGUGUCCCUCACCCCUCAGAGCAGUGAGGAAACCCAUUCCUCUCAGAAUGUUUCCACCCUGCCAACAGCUACAAUCGACACAUCAUCCACUGGUUUAACCCCCACCGAAGUCCCCCUGACUCCAAACAAUUCCCCAGAGGAAGACGCUGAAACCGGUGGUGGUUCUGAAAAGCAGCCUGACAAUCCUGGACACCCUGUGGACAGCCAGGAGGUUUCUUUCAUCCCUUUAGACCCAUCUAGUGGUCUGAUCUUAGAUCCAGCCCAGAGACCUCCCUGCAUGGCUUUAGCAGAGCUCAAUCUGGGUCGGAUGGAGGGUUACUGCCUCCCUGGGUCUUUGCCGGUGCUCCUGGAGCUCAGGGAGAGCAGCAGUGAGGCUGGGUCCAGCUCCCAGACGCCUCAAUCCCAGGAGGGGCCAGACGAGUUCUUUGACACACAGGAGUCCAUGGAGCUGUGGACAGACAGUCCAGAACACGUCCCCCACCCAGAGGCACCUCAGGACACAGAAGCUGUUCAGCCAGCAGAGCCCUGAACAGCUGCUUCCUUCAUCUCCUCUGCAGCAGAGCUGAAACGGGACAGUUUAGAUUAAUUUGUUACACCGUAGAGCCUCAACUGACUGAUCCUAAGUCAGUAUCUGACUUUCGUUUCAACCCAUCUGUUACAGAUUUAUUUAUUUUUUUCAAAGCCCUCUGAUCAUUUUGGUGUCUGUAGGGUGAAAAAAAAA